AGCAGCGCCAAGGACACCAACACAAAACAUUCUUACCGUUGAUAGACUCAUCCGGGAUACGAGUAUCUGUUCAGAGCAUACAUUAAAUAUAAAGAGACUGUCAUUGACCGAGAGACGGACUGUCGACAGGAUUGCACGAGUGUCAGCGGGUGGCAUCCAUAAAAAUGGCUCGACGACAUCUGACGGCCUUCAUCGCCUUGAUUGUUGCAUCAUUAUUCCUAUUUACAGGUCUUGUGCACUUUUCUGCUUUGCCUCAAGUCUCUUGGGCGCACGGCAGCAAUGAGGACGCGGUAUUAUAUGUGCAUUAUGACGGCACUGAAGUCGGGCGGCGGAAUCUCAAGUUUUUCGUCGACCACGCUUUACACAGGAACAUUGAUUUCUACUUCAUCAUCAAUGGUCAUGAAACACAGCAGGUCUUUCCAGAUGCUCCGAACAUUCACAUCAUCAGGCGCGAUAAUUCAUGCUACGACCUCGGGACACACGGUGUUGUCUUGCAGCAGGAUAAUGGAGCGCUCAUGAAGAAGUACAAGCGCUUCAUCCUAACAAACUCCUCUAUCCGUGGACCCUUCUUUCCCGCGUGGGCCCGACACAUCAAAAAGGCCUGCUGGACGGAGGUGAUGUUCUCAGCACUCAAGAACAAUGUGAAGCUUGUCGGACUGACUGCAAACUGCAUGGAAGGCAACAGAGAUGAGCAGCACUUGCAAUCAAUGAUGCUUGCUACCGAUAGGCAAGGCCUUGACGCUAUGAUGCCUUCGUUGCAGUGCUUCGGUGAUCGAGAUGACGCAAUCGUCAAUGGAGAGAUGGCCUUGACUAGGCGUCUUCGCGACGCUGGUUUUGAUGCCAUGCCACUGUACUCUGGAUACUUUGCCGGGCAGUCUCCCUCAUCGCCACAAGCCUUUUGGGAUAAAUGCACACAUGGAGACGUGUUUCUGCCAGAGGAGUAUUCAGGUGGUAUGGAUAUUCACCCCUUUGAUACCUUAUUUGCCAAGAUUGUCCGUGCAGACCUGGACAAAGAACCACUCAGUCCGGUUGGUAUGGCAUCGAUACAUCAAUUGACUCAAUGGGCAGACGAGAGCCAAUUCAGCAGCUACGAUCAAUGCUGACGGAAUAUUUAUGAAAAUAGAGUAGAAUGGUAUAGAAUUGGCGACUAGAACGGAUGUGUAAUUUGGCCAAAGAGACGACAUCGAGAGCUUGUGUUCAAACAAGAGCCGGUGGAGAAUAGGAAUGAAAGGAAACAGUGGGCCGGACGUAUGCUCCUGCUCUAAGCAGUGACACUCGACGGGCAUCCAGCAAUGUCGUUGUAGAGAUAAGAGUUGGCGACAGAAUAGUAGUCUGCUCCACGGUACUCACCAUAGUUGGUAGCAUACACGGGGUCGAUACUUCUGGCGUACA